AUGGCGCUGCCCCGCGCACUUCGUCAUUUGAACGCUCGAUAUGCUUCUACAGCAACACAAACAACAAAAGCUGCCGGAGACAUUUCGUCUGUUUUUCCUAGUCUAAGGCCUGACUAUAAACCAGAGCCUCUGCCUGACCGCUUUAAGUCACUCAAGGCGCAGAUAUUCCAGCGUAACGCCGACGCCUUAACGCGCAGCUGGCCCCGACUCCUUUCAAGCAUAAAGACUGAGGUUGACGAGGUUACUGUUCAAGGAAACAAGGUCAUCCCUUCAGUUGAUUUUCAGGACCUGAGCAGCGGAAAUGUCACCACCCAGACGCUUGCAGAUAUUCAACGACGAGGCGCGGUUGUCAUCCGGAACGUAUUAUCAAGGUCCUUUGCGCUGGACCUCAAACAACGGGCGAGAGACUAUAUAGCAGAGAACGAGGGCAAAGUUAAAGCAUUCCCUGCUGAUAAACCCACUGUCUAUGAGCUAUACUGGUCCCCGUCGCAGGUUGAAGCCCGCGCCCAUCCAAAUAUGCUAGCCACCCAGCGAUUCUUGCAUAGCUUGUGGCAUUCAUCAGACCCUUCCACGCCCGUGUCCUUCAAAUAUCCCGUUUCAUACGCAGACCGGCUGCGCAUUCGGGAGCCUGGAGACUCAAAAUUCAGCCUUGGGCCACACGCUGACGGUGGCUCUUUGGAACGUUGGGAAGAUCCCGAGUAUUCAAAAGUAUAUUCUGAGAUCUUAAGAGGCUCUUGGGAGGAGUAUGACCCAUUUGAUGCCAAGCAUCGUAUCAAAGCAAACAUGAACUUGUACAACGGAGCUGGUGCCUGCUCCAUGCUUAGGUUUUUCCAAGGUUGGCUUGCAAUGUCGGAUACUGGGCCGGGCGAGGGGACGCUUCGUGUGUGCCCCAUGAUCAAGCAGAGCACCGCAUAUACCAUUCUCCGCCCCUUUUUUGACACAAACACCUCAUCCCCCGUGAACGACUCGACCUUUCCCGGCGCCGUUCCAGGAGCUUCACAGGAGUACUCUGAAGAAAGCCACCCACAUCUGGAUCUUUCUACCACCAUGGUUCCCAUGCCCACUGUCCAGCCGGGCGACUAUGUCGCCUGGCACUGCGAUGCCAUCCACUCCGUUGACAAAGAACAUCGCGGGAAAGGAGAUUCCAGCGUUCUUUAUAUCCCUGCUGCUCCUCUCUGCGAAAUGAACGCCGAAUAUCUUAAAAAGCAAAGAGAAGCAGCACUUGCAUACUCCCCGCCCUGGGACUUCCCUGACGCCGGAGGCCCAGGUGAGCACGGCUUUCGUGGAACUGUUGACUGGUCCAGCCUGAAUGCUGCUGGCUUGCAGGCGAUGGGUAUGGGCUCCACACCAUGGAAGAUUGAGAGCGGAAUGACCCAGGGCGAAGUUGAAGCCGUCAAGAUGGCAAAUAAGAUCUGCUUUGGGAAAUGA